ACAAACAAACAAACCACCCCACCUCCAAGACGUCACCUCUACAUCUGAUUGCUAUAUAGAAGACAGUCGAACUGCUCUCCAACCCUCAUCCAACAUCCCCAUUCACCAAGCACCAACGCUCCAAACCCAACAACACCAUGGCACUCGCACCCAAAUUCGCCGGGCAGAAGUUCUCAGCCGCCAAUGCUCCGACGCUGCACACGCUGGAGCUCUACCUCGACUAUGUAUGCCCGUUCUCCGCCAAGAUGUUCAACACCGUAUACACAUCCGUGUUCCCUCUCAUCCGCCAAAAAUACGCCUCCAAGGUACAGAUUCUAUUCCGGCAGCAGGUCCAGCCGUGGCAUCCCUCAUCGACGCUCGUGCACGAGGCCGGGGUCGCCGUGCUCAAGCUGCAGCCUGCCAAGUUUUGGGAUUUCAGCAAGGCAUUAUUCGACGACGCCAAAUCCUUCUAUGACGUGAACGUCGUGAACGAGACGCGAAACAAGACAUACGAGCGCCUCGCCAAGCUGGGAGCGAGCGUCGGCAUCGACGAGAAGGAGAUGCUGAAGCUGCUGUGGAUCAGCGAUAAGCCGGCCAGCGACGGCAGUCUGAAUACCGGGAACGGCGUCACGAAUGAUCUGAAGGUGCUGGUGAAGAUGAAUCGCAUGCAGGGCAUCCACGUCUCGCCCACGGUCGUCUUUGAUGGCGUCGUUGAGAAUUCUAUAAGUUCUAGCUUUACGCCGGAGCAGUGGGAGGAUUGGUUGGAUAAGAAUGUCGCUGCUUGACUACUACCUGAGCGGGAAGAGACGGCGCGGGGGAAACGUAGGGAAAAGCUAUGAGACAUAUCAUCUAGAAACGACUUGGAGAGAAUGCAAUGCGUAUUGCUUGCUUGCUCUUAACAAUCUGCGCCAUUGGGAUACAAGAUUCAAGUACGCUUGCAAAAUUUAGGUAUUGCACUUUCAGCCUCCUCUGCCAGGGACCCAAAUCAUCCGGCAGGUGGGGAAGCCCACCACGGCCAGGGGACCCAGCGGCCCGGCCCAGAUGCACGAACAAGCUCCGC